UUGGAGAAGUGAGUUGCAGCUGGUGGCGCUGGAGGGAACUGUUCCAUUCGUGUGUUCCAGGAGGAGGGCUGCUUCCUGGAGCAGCCAGAAAUGUCAGUGGUUGUCGGCAGACGUCACACUCCCGCUCCGUCUUCUAGGAAAGCGCUUAUGCACCUUUUGGCUGGUAACACACAAAGAGACGGAGAUGGUUAGUAGACUGCCUUGACGGACGGCCAGUGUUGGUGGGUGGUGCUGAUGGUGAGCCGUUUACUCAUGUUACUGCAGGUGUUGCUCCGGGCUCAUUCAGUGUUCCUUGUGCAUAGGUGUUACGGUGCCUUUCGUACCCGAAACUCAUUCACUGCUCCACAUAUACAAGUGUUACCGUGCCUUUAUCGAGAGAUUGAACCAGUGAUCACUGCUACACUACUGUAUCUUUGUAACGCGACAAUCAUCGUAUAUAUUUAUCGCGUGAGUGUUACCGUGUCUUCAGUCUCCGGAAGAUUAUGCAGUCUCCUCAGCGCAUUCGUGCUGGGGGCUAAGCUGUCCCCGGCGGUCGAUGGCUGGGGUGAGUGCAUGUCACUAAGUACGUCAGUAAGUGAAGAGCCAGCCUAGUGAGCCACACACUCACCUGUGUUAAACACAACAGUCUUCCCUCCAACGUCAAGAACUUGGAAUUAUAACGACACGCACCUUUAGUUAAGUAGGCGAAGCGACAAGACAAGCAGGGAAUCAGCAGAUGGACCUGUGGAAGCCAGCUGGUCGCAAGGCGAAAAAAGUGAGCAGCAGCAGUGGGAGUGGUGGCGGCGGCGGCGGCGGAGGCGGAGGAGGCGGUGGCGGAGGCGGAGGCGGCGACAAGUGUGAGUGGGCGGGGACGCUGCCGGACGUAGUCGCUAACCUCACGCUGGCUGAUACCUCACACACUUCAGCCAUGUUGGGUACUCGUGACCAUCACUACCCUGACAUGGAUGAUUCCCGAGCACGCCGUCGGGACGCCAGGCCCCCUCCACCGCCCUUAACACCUCAAGGGCUCGGUGCUGGCCCACAUGGCUUAGGUGCUGCUCCGACUCAGCUCAUUAUGCCCGGGGGGGCUGCCACGGGAGGAGGAGGGGCUGCCAGCGGCUGGAGGCACAACCCUCAACUACCAUGGCCUCCUCAGCCUCCUUUGGAUCAGUUGGGAUCAGCAACAGUGUCUUCGGGAAUGGGUGGUGGAUGCAGCAUGGGUGGUGUCCCUGCGGAGGGAGAAGGGAUACGUGUAAGGAGUGUUUCUAGUGAGCCUCGGGGACCUGCAGGCAACGGCGGUGAUCGUAGAGUUCGUUGUUCUUCAGCCUCAAGAUCCCGCCAACACCGCCCACGCCCACCCCCGGGGGACCGCCCACCGGGCAACACCAGUGCGCCCCCUCUCACCUCUCUUCCCCCAAGUGGUUGUGGACAUAGCAGUCAGCUGCCAUAUUCCUCGCCCCCAGGAGUGUUGCAGCUCGGCGGCAGCGUGGGCGUGGUGGGUGGGGUCCUGGCCCGCCUGGCUGGCUGUUAUGAGAAUCUGGAAUCUGGGCGAGAACCCGGAGAAGGGGUAGCGUAUGGGUACCAGGUGAGUGACCUGGAAGCUCUACUUACCGAGGCUUCUCCUGCUCGCCCCGCAAACCUCCCUAUGGUUCUGGCGUCGUCCACGCGCCUACAUAACAUGCGCCGCACACCCGAGCCACGCCCACACAACCAACAGCCUGUACGACCAUUCUUGCCUUUAGGAAUAAUUGUUAAUGCAGUGUUCAAAACGCGGGAUUGGUUAUAUGUCCGCACGGCGCAUGGGGCGGAGGGUUAUGUACCGUACCGAGUGUGUUUACCACUAGGAAUAUUGCCUCCACCGCGGGAAGGUCACACAGUGUCUCCUGGCAUGGCAGAAUUAGGAGGAGGCGGAGUGUGGGAGAAUCGAACGGACAUGUUUCAGGGGGGCAUGGCUCAGCUGCCUGGGGCUUCAUCGGCGCCACCUACAGCGGGUGGCUUGGGCGGAGUCACCACUGAAGCAGUUGGCCAGCCCCGUGGCAGGACUCGCGGCCGGCGACGGCCACCCUGCAUAGAUUCCUCAAACCAGACAGACACUCAGAAGCUCCAGCCUGGCACCAGCAGCCUGACGGAAACACGGUCUCCACGGGAAACUCUCGACCCUCCGUCAGCGUCUACGUCCGUUGCUGUCAUGCCCGUUGCCACCGCCCAAGACGACCAUGUCCUUGUCUAAUGCCACCGUCCUUGUCAUCCCUCAACUCGCGCUAUAUAAUAUGACUUGUUACGCAAGGAAUACGCUACCGAGUGAUGGCUGAUACAGUACAUAUCAUGAUACAAUGUACCAUAUUUACUGGUUACUUACUUACAGUAAAGGUUUUAUAAACAUACAUAAUGAUUAAUGUUACGCGUUAGUGUACCACUGAGACAACAAACGCUUCCUCAACACGCACAAUCGUGCACGGACCCACCUAUGUGAGCACACUACUGCUGCACACCUGCACACCUCCCCUCCGUGCCGGACUGCUACCAGUACUACUACUACUUCGAGCCAUCUCCAUGGUGCUAGAGCAUUACUAUAAGCCAUCCCACCUCUGCUAGCCCACUCCUGUGUAUCGUCCCCCACACCAGCCCACUACUGUGUACCCUCUCCUCUGUACCAGCCCACUACUGUGUGCCCUCUCCUCUGUACCAACCCACUACUGUGUACCCUCUCCUCUAUACCAGCCCACUACUGUGCACCCUUUCCUCUGUACCAACCUAUUACUGUGCAUUCUCCCCUCUGUACCAGCCUACUACUGUGCACUCCCCUCUGUACCAGCCUACUACUGUGCACUAUCCCCUCUGUACCAGCCCACUACUGUGCACUCGUCUGUACCAGCCUACUGCUGUGCAUCCUCUCCUCUGUACCAGCCCACUACUGUGCAAUCCUCUGUACCAGCCUAAUACUGUGCACUCCUUUGUACCAGCCUAAUACUGCGCACUCUGCUUUCAAGCGGUGGUCCACUGCCAUGCCCUAACGAGCAGUGUAUGCUGCACAGAGUUGUAUGGGUAUAACUAUGUGAACACCUGUGACAUGACUGUGUUGUACACGUAUAACAUGCCUGUUGUACACGUGUGACAUGACUUUACACGCGUGACAUGACUGUGUUUUACAUGUGUGACAUGACGUCAUGACUGUACACGUGUAACAUGACUUCGUUUUACACUUGUGACGUGACUGUGUUGUACACGUAUGACGUGACUGUGUUGUACACAUGUGACAAGACUGUGGUGGACACGUGUGACAUGUCUAUCUUAGACGAGGAAGAGGAGGAGGAGGAGGUGUGUUCCAUCACUUAACUUUAGAAGCGACAAUCUUCCUUGCAGUCCUCACAACACACACACACACAUACACAAACACAUACACAAACACAUACACACACAUACACACAUACACACACACACACACACACACACAUACACACACACAUACACACACAUACACACACAUACACACACAUACACACACACACACACACACACACACACACAUACACACACACAUACACA